GGGCUGGGCUCAACGGCGGAGAAAUGGCGAGAAUGGUGACUGAGGACGGCUGUGAAGUAGAAACACCGAGCCCAGCGCCACAGGGACCGGGUCGGAGCGCGGUCAGGUGUGGCCCACAACACGCCGGCGCCCGAGAACUGGCCAGUUUAUACUCGCCAGGCAAAAGAUGUCAAGAAUGGAUAAGUGUCAUCCUCUGCUUCUCUCUUAUGGCCUUCAAUUCCAUUUACCUCCUUGCCAAUUUUCAUCUGGUACAUUUGUGGUCCAUCCUUUUUGGCAUUGUGGCAGGAAUAUUCACUGCUGACUUUGCAUCAGGACUUGUUCACUGGGCAGCUGAUACGUGGGGAUCAGUAGACUUACCCAUCUUUGGAAAGGCCUUUAUACGGCCGUUUAGAGAACACCACAUCGAUCCCACAGCCAUUACACGCCAUGACUUCAUUGAAACCAACGGUGACAACUGCAUGGUGACCCUUGUCCCGCUGGCAAACAUGGCCUACAACUUCCUCACACUUUCCCCUGCAGAGAUUUACCAUAUCUACCCCUGGUACUGCUACCUGUUUGCACUAGGAAUCUUUGUGACCCUUACCAAUCAGAUUCACAAGUGGUCACACACAUACUUUGGCCUCCCUCGCUGGGUUGUGUUCUUGCAGGACUGCCACAUUAUACUUCCCCGCAAGCACCACCGAAUCCAUCACGUCUCCCCACAUGAGACGUACUUCUGCAUCACUACUGGCGUGAGAGUUCCUCGCAAUUUCCGGCUGCUAGAAGAACUAGAAGAAGGGCAGAAAGGUGUGGGUGAUGGAACAGUGAGCUGGGGUCUUGAGGAUGACGAGGAUAUGACUUUAACACAAUGGCGAGGGGUGAUCCUCGGCCCUCCCAGGACAAAUUAUGAAAACAGGAUGUACAGUCUGAAGGUUGAAUGUGGGCCCGGUUACCCAGACACACCACCAUGUGUUAGAUUUGUGACAAAGAUAAACUUGAAUGGCGUCCACAACUCCAGCGGUUUGGUUGAUUUUCAAGCGGUGUCGGCACUGGCAAAGUGGCAGAACUCCUACAGUAUUCGAAUGGUGCUACAGGAGCUGAGAAGGCUGAUGACCUUCAAAGAAAAUAUGAAGCUUCCUCAACCACCUGAGGGGCAAAUCUACAACAACUGAGCCCAUGCUGCUUCUUCCUUCAGCUCCCCCCCCAAAAAAAAAAAUUAUUCUGUUUGCUUUCAUCCCACCCUCUUUCCAUGUGACAUCACAAAUCAGUCUACAGCAACAGUGGCAGAUACUUGCAUACACACCCACACACUGAGUGUCCAUUAAUUAUUUCCAGGCUGUCCCCCCGGUGUUCUCCACCACCGGAGUUUUGGGUGGACUCUAUGUUAUGAGGUAGGCGGAGUCUUAAUUCCACAUGUGAUCAUUUGAAUACUGUACAUCUUACUAAUCUUUUAUUUGUUAAAAAUGCAGAUUGUACAAUAACAUAAAUAAUCUUAUGAGUGUUCCUUUUGUGUGUUGCCUUUUUGUAACAUGGAAAACAGCUACUUUAAAUUGUGCAUAGUCCCGUGACUGUGUGGGAGCUGUUGGAUGUAGUUUCCAAGGUUUACAUAUGAAACCCUGACUGAUGUCUUAUUUAAGUUCAGUUUUUAAGUAUGUGCGUCUCCAGUAUGUCAAUUAUUUUUUUUUUUUUUUUUUUUUUAAGUGUGCUUAUGUUAUGGGCUUGCAGAAAAUAACCUUUAUUUUUAGUUUUUGUGUUAGACAUGAAUGUGAUAAGCUUAUCAAGGUGCAGCUGUCACACUUGGUCUUUUCUACCACUGCUAAGUCCAUAUUGUUUUAUUAAAAAAAACAAAAGUCCAAAGUGAAGACUGUAGUUAUACCACUAUAUUUGACAUUAGUAUGCAUAGUAGCAUCAUUUGCAUAUAUCUACUGUCGGUCUUGCAGAAAUUUCUCUUGGUCAGUGCUUGAAAUCAGUUACCUCAUUAAGUCCUGUGUAAAGUCAACAAGGAUAUUUGUACUGCUGUUUUUCUUUCUGCACUAUAAACCUUAAAUCAUGCCUUUC